UAAGUCCAAACCCUCUCUCUCUCUCUCAUGUGCUCUCGACGCUGUGCAGCUCCACGCUCAGAGCCACCCAGUUACAGACGAAGAACAAUUAGGCCCUAGUAAUAAAAAACUAAAAGCCCUCAAAUUUUACAGGUUCAACCGAGAAGCUACGACGGCUUGUAUAGGUAACCCACGCAAUAAGCUGGGAAGAGGGUUAGCCGCCAUGGCAAUGGGCAUGUCUACUCAAAGCAGCAGCCCCUUCAAAAAACCCUCUUUCCCUGCUCUUUUCUUGUUUUCAAGCUCGCCUCUCCCCUCUUCUUGGCGCUGCUUUUGGGCUUCCUCCAGAAAAGCCGUACGCAGGCACGGGGAUUGUGCACUCCACAAUGUUGCCGGUCCAUUACCUAAUAUGGUUAUGUUCAGUAGUUCUUUUCAGUUUAAACGAGGUGCAAGCUACAAUACCAUGUCAUCUGAAGAGAAUGUUAAACAAGAUGACAUGGAGUUGUAUCUUCAAUCUAUUGGAUGGACGCUUGAGGUUCCUGAGCAGGUGAGCAACCCUUCCAUCUCACAUGCUCGGAUGCUUCCUGAUUACCCACCUCAGUCUAGCACUAUAGAAAACUCCUCUGGGGGUUCUAGUAGCCUGCAAAGGCUUGGGGAAGAGAAUGAACAAGGAGAUUGCUUCAGCGCAAGUGCUUCUUCUGGUGCUACUGCAAUACAACUGCUUGAGAAGACACAACUCUUUAAGGACAAGAAGGGGGCAGGUUGGGGUAAUCACAAGAACGGAAAUAGAAAUAUUGGAAUUUUAUCGGAAGUAACUACUGGAACGAGUGUGGACAGUGGGAGAGAGGGUUUUGAAGAUGGAAGUACUUGUUAUGCUUCGAAUUUUUAUGAAGAUUUGUGUCCUUUGGAUAUUGAAAUAGCCAGCAGAGAAACAACUUUACAACAUUCAAGGAACAGCAACCAAUCUGAUGCUGGAAAUGGAGCUUUAAGAGGCUCAACGGGAGAAAAGCACUUGAGAGAUGCCUCAGAUCAAGGAAUUUCUACACCUCGGCAUAAACCCACUCAACAACCAAAAAAUUCAAAGAAUGGUGAAGGGGAUGAUAGCAUUAUUAAUGGUCAUGCUUCACACAUGCCAGCUGCUGAACAAAAAUGCAGUAGGAGAAACUACAUUACUGAUAAUAAGGCUGGUGAUCCUCCUCUUCGUUUCUCUAGGGAACAUGAUUUAUCUUCAACGCUGACAUCCCCAUCAUAUGUCCAGCUCGAGUGGCCACCAUCAGGGGAGUUCUUAGAGGAAUGGGAUUUCAUAAAAUCCAAGCAUAUUGAUGGUAGUGUCUCUGUAAGCGAAGCCACUUUUAUGCCAACAACUGGUCAGGAACCCGAUCCUUACAAGAGGCUUCUCCAGAUUUAUGACAAGGUUCUUAUAGUUGAUAGUAUCCCCAUGGCAAGGGAAAUUGUGGGAAUGCUUACAAAUCAGUACAGGCAUCUUGUCCAUGCAUGUGAUACAGAGGUGUCAAAUAUUGAUGUCAAGCAGGAAACACCAGUUGACCACGGAGAAAUAACCUGCUUUAGUAUUUACUGUGGACCCAAAGCAAAUUUUGGCAACGGAAAAUCUUGCAUUUGGGUAGAUGUUCUUGAUGGCGGUGGCAAGAGUCUUUUAGUUGAAUUUGCUCCUUUCUUUGAAGAUCCAUCUAUAAAAAAGGUUUGGCACAAUUAUAGCUUUGAUAGGCAUGUUAUAGAGAACUAUGGGAUUAAAGUUUCUGGCUUUCAUGCUGACACCAUGCAUCUGGCUCGACUAUGGGAUUCUUCAAGACAAACGAAGGGUGGUUAUUCUCUAGAAGCACUCACAGGUGACCCGGCGGUGUGUGGUGAUAAAAAUAUGGUUGGUAAAGUAUCUAUGAAAAACAUCUUUGGCAGGAGAAAGUUGAAAAAAGAUGGAUCUGAGGGAAAAAUUAUCACCAUUCCUCCCGUUGAAGAGCUACAAAGAGAAGAGAGGAAACCAUGGAUUUGCUAUUCUGCCUUAGAUGCAAUGAGCACACUAAAGCUCUAUGAGAACUUGAAAAGCAAACUAUCAGGGAGGGAAUGGAAACUUGAUGGAUGCACAAAAGGACGUAUGAUCGACUUUUAUGAGAAAUAUUGGCGCCCAUUUGGUGAGAUUCUUGUCGAAAUGGAAGCUGAAGGGAUGCUGGUUGAUCGAGUAUAUCUUGCUGAGAUCGAGAAAGUGGCUCAAGCAGAGCAGCAAGUUGCUGCUAACAGAUUUCGCCGUUGGGCAUCUAAGUAUUGCCCAGAUGCUAAAUACAUGAAUGUAGGAAGUGAUGCACAGUUGCGCCAGCUCUUUUUUGGUGGAGCUCAAAACAGCAAGGAUCCAAACGAGAGCCUUCCAGAUGAGAGGGAUUUUAAAAUUCCCAAUGUUGAGAAAGUGAUCGAAGAAGGCAAGAAAACUGCCACAAAAUUCCGCACGAUUAGACUGCAUAGACUACUUCGUGAUACUCGGAUAGACCCUGAGAUCUAUACUGCAUCUGGUUGGCCCUCUGCUAGUGGAGACGCUUUGAAGACCCUUGCGGGCAAGGUUUCUGCAGAAUUUAGUUUUACAGAUGAAUCUGAUUCAUUGCAGAAGGAUGCCAAUGUUGGAAAUUUGCCUGAAACCAAGGUCCCAGGGGUAAAGGUCGGAGCUGUUAGUGAGUGCACCGAAUCUGCCUAUGGUACGGCUUAUGCUCCGUUCGGAAGGGGAGAAAAGGGGAAGGAGGCAUGCCAUGCCAUUGCUGCUUUAUGUGAAAUGUGCUCUAUAGACUCUUUGUUAUCCAACUUCAUCCUCCCCUUGCAGGGCAGUCAUAUAGCAGGCAAGAAUGGGCGUAUCCAUUGUUCUCUAAACAUCAACACAGAAACUGGGCGCUUAUCAGCUAGGAGACCAAAUUUGCAGAAUCAGCCUGCUUUGGAGAAAGAUCGCUAUAAGAUCCGCCAGGCAUUUAUUGCUGCACCAGGAAACUCCCUUAUUGUUGCUGAUUACGGGCAGCUGGAACUUAGGAUUCUUGCACAUCUUGCCAACUGUAAGAGCAUGUUGGACGCCUUUGAGGCGGGUGGUGACUUCCAUUCAAGGACGGCGAUGAACAUGUAUCCACACAUUCGUAAAGCUGUUGACCAGAAGCAUGUGCUUCUUGAAUGGCAUCCUCAACCUGGUGAAGAAAAGCCGCCGGUCCCUUUACUGAAGGAUGCUUUUGCUUCUGAAAGAAGGAAAGCAAAGAUGCUCAACUUUUCCAUUGCUUAUGGGAAAACUCCAGUGGGUCUUGCCCGUGAUUGGAAGGUUUCUGUAAAGGAAGCAAAAGAAACUGUCGAUCUCUGGUACAAUGAGAGACACGAAGUGCGGAAAUGGCAGGAAGAACGUAAGAAGGAAGCUCAAAAAGAUAGUUGUGUUCACACAUUGCUAGGAAGGGUCCGCCAUUUCCCUUCGAUGAAGAAUGUCACACCCUAUCAAAAAGGUCAUAUUGAACGAGCUGCCAUCAACACCCCAGUCCAGGGUAGCGCUGCUGAUGUUGCCAUGUGUGCCAUGAUAGAAAUAUCAAAGAAUGCUCGUUUGAAAGAGCUUGGAUGGAGGCUGCUAUUGCAGGUUCAUGAUGAAGUAAUCCUUGAAGGACCAACAGAGUCUGGCGAGGAGGCCAAGGCCAUCGUUGUUGACUGCAUGUCCAAACCCUUUGACGGCAAGAAUAUUCUGCAGGUUGAUCUCUCUGUCGAUGCCAAAUGUGCUCAAAACUGGUAUUCGGCAAAGUAAGUAGUCGGGUACAAGUCCCACACAGUUUUGUCUUUCCCCACCCCAGAGUCCAGGCCACACGUGGGUAGUUCGGACAUCUCAAUCUGAAGCAGCAGGUGUUCGAGGUCUCUUCUUUGCUGGAGCACGGGCUGCUCAGGCAACCCACUGCAAUUACUGCUUCCAACUUGCUAUCCUAAAGAGAGACAGUUGUUACGUUCGUGCUGAUGUGAUUUUUUGACUUUGCCAGAAGCGGCAGUCACGAUUGGCUGUGGAUUGGGUAGGUAGUGUGAAUAGUGAAGCUUGGGAGAGAUCCACCAAUGUGCAUAAGAUUCUUGAUGUUUAGACACAGAUUGUUGUUAUUGCCAUAGAAUCUGUGAUAUGGGGUUCCACUAUCUGUGUCUCUCUAAUUUCACUUGACUUUGUUUGGAAGGGGGAUGAACUUAAUCUGAUUUUGCACAGUGCAGUCUGUGGUUGAGUUGGGCUUUCGAAGGUCCAAA